UGCAGAAAGAGUGGUUGAAACUGCAUCUCUGCUUCCUCUUCUUGGCAGAACAGUGUGAAAUUGCUGGCUUGGUGGUGGAAUUUGACCUUGCUUUUCCUUGUCUGGUUGGGAGACACCCCCCCAAGUUUGGAACAUCUGUACAUGGAAUAUGACGAGGAUGAUGAUAUCUUCUUUGCAAAAUGGAUGAGCAGCUUCUGGGGCCACAACUUGAUCGAUGAGAAUGAGAAAGAGGGUAGAGGCCACAAGAAACGUCAGACACGAUUCUGUAAUGAGAGGAGAGCAUCCCUACCGGCCAAGCUUUCCUCCCUCCAUGCAACACGACUUCAUGAUUCUGCCAAAGGCUCAUCUUCAGGCCAUCUCAAGGGCUCCAAGGAAUUUCAAGAAGACCAAGAUGUCAAAUGCCACUGCCACAGGAAGGCAAGCAGAACAGCUUCAGCAGACAGCUCAGGCCCGGACACAAGAUCAAAUUCCAUUCAGGAGUUUGCAGAGUCCUUUGAAAAGCAAUUGCAUCUCAAAAGCAAGCGCUCAGUUUCUUUGCAACCUGAAGGCGUGAAGGAGAGACGAGAAAGAGAAAGAUUGCAUUUGAGAAAAAGCAAGUCUCAUAAGAGAAUGGAAGAGAAAUCAGAGCCAAGGAGAGAACGAGAAGAAGCUGAAGGUUCAGAAGUACCUGCAAAACACAACGAACAGUUUCCAUCACAAGCAAGCAGUCAGAAAGGAUAUUUAUGUACAGGCAGCUAGAAUGCAUUGAGAUAAUCAAUUUUAACACUCCCCCUGAAGAGCAGAGGGAGAAUUCUUGUUUUGUUUUGACUAGAAGAGGCCUGAUAGCUAGAAUAAACCCUAAGCUGUAAAACAAAAGUAAAAUUCAACUACA